AUGCUGCUCACCGUGUACUGUGUGCGGAGGGACCUGACCGAGGCGACCUUCUCCCUCCAGGUCAGCCCUGACUUCGAGCUGUACAACUUCCGCCACCUCUGCGAGCUCGAGUCCGGCAUCCCCGUGGACGAGAUCCAGAUCCUGUUCUUGGAGCGGCUCCUGGCUGACGACCACUGCUCCCUGGGCUCCUACGGCCUCCGAGACGGCGAUGUGGUAGUGCUGCUGCAGAAGGAGGCCGUGGGGCCGUGGCCGCCCAGACGGACAUCCAGCCUGCCGCAGCUCGACCUCUCCGGGAUAGCCGUGCCCGGGACGUCCGGCAGCCGCCCGCUGCACCCGCCGCCCCGGGCCCCGCCGGGCCAGCAGUCCCACGGCCUGAACUCCGGAGAGAAGAGGAGGGCCACGCGGGGUCUGGACAGCGCCGGGCUGAUCCGGAGCAUGCUGCUGUCCAACCCCCACGACCUGUCGCUACUCAAGGAGCGCAACCCGCCCCUGGCCGAGGCCCUGCUCAGCGGCAGCCUCGAGACGUUCUCUCAUGUCCUCAUGGAGCAGCAGAGGGACAGGGCCCUGAGGGAGCAGGAGCGGCUGCGGCUCUUCGCGGCCGACCCCUUUGAUUUGGAGGCUCAGGCCAAGAUAGAGGAAGAAAUCCGGCAGCAGAACGUCGAGGAAAACAUGAGCAUCGCGAUGGAAGAGGCCCCGGAGAGCUUCGGACAAGUAACCAUGCUCUAUAUCAACUGCAAGGUGAACGGGCAUCCGCUGAAGGCUUUCGUGGACUCCGGGGCCCAGAUGACCAUCAUGGGACAAGCAUGCGCCGAGAGAUGUAACAUAAUGCGGCUGGUGGACCGCCGCUGGGCUGGGACUGCCAAGGGGGUGGGCACGCAGAGAAUUAUUGGCCGGGUCCAUCUAGCCCAGAUUCAGAUAGAAGGCGACUUCCUGCAGUGCUCGUUCUCCAUCCUGGAGGAGCAGCCCAUGGACAUGCUUCUAGGACUCGACAUGCUCAGGAGACACCAGUGCUCCAUCGACCUGAAGAAAAACGUGCUGGUGAUCGGCACCACGGGCACGCAGACUCACUUCCUCCCCGAGGGGGAGUUACCCCUGUGUGCCAAGCUGGUGUGCGGGGGUGGGCAAGACGAGCCUCCAGACAAGGAAGAAGCAGAUACUAUUAAACAUUCGGUCAAGGAUUUAGGACGGAAAAAGCGUUGA